GCUGAACCCCGGCUUCCGGUGGGUGCGAGCGGGAGCAAGAUGGCCACCACCAAGCGUGUGCUGUACGUGGGUGGGCUGGCAGAGGAGGUGGACGACAAAGUUCUUCAUGCUGCUUUUAUCCCAUUUGGAGACAUCACAGAUAUUCAGAUUCCUCUGGAUUAUGAAACAGAAAAGCACCGAGGAUUUGCUUUUGUUGAAUUUGAAUUGGCAGAGGAUGCCGCGGCAGCUAUUGACAACAUGAAUGAAUCUGAGCUCUUUGGACGGACAAUUCGUGUCAAUUUGGCAAAACCAAUGAGGAUUAAGGAAGGCUCUUCCAGACCAGUGUGGUCAGAUGAUGACUGGUUGAAGAAGUUCUCUGGGAAGACUCUCGAAGAGAAUAAAGAGGAAGAAGGGUCAGAGCCUCCCAAAGUGGAGACCCAGGAGGGAGAGCCUGCUGCGAAAAAGGCCCGAUCAAAUCCUCAGGUGUACAUGGACAUCAAGAUUGGGAACAAGCCAGCCGGUCGCAUCCAGAUGCUCCUCCGUUCAGACGUUGUCCCCAUGACGGCAGAGAAUUUCCGAUGCCUGUGCACCCAUGAGAAGGGCUUUGGCUUUAAGGGAAGUAGCUUUCACCGCAUCAUCCCCCAGUUCAUGUGCCAGGGCGGCGAUUUCACGAACCACAAUGGCACUGGGGGCAAGUCCAUCUAUGGGAAGAAAUUCGAUGAUGAGAACUUUAUCCUCAAACACACGGGACCAGGCCUACUCUCCAUGGCCAACUCCGGCCCAAACACCAAUGGCUCCCAGUUCUUCCUGACGUGUGACAAGACGGAUUGGCUGGAUGGCAAGCACGUGGUGUUCGGGGAGGUCACAGAAGGCCUGGAUGUCUUGCGGCAGAUUGAGGCCCAGGGCAGCAAGGAUGGGAAGCCAAAGCAGAAGGUAAUCAUUGCCGACUGUGGGGAGUACGUGUGAGUCCGCAAAGUCUCGGCACUGCCCCUGCGUAUCCAGGAACUGUCAGCCUGGGAACCAGCACCUGAGGGUGUCUGUCCCCUUUGUGGCAAGCAGGGGUUUGUGUCAUGGCCCUUCUUGGACUCAGCUCGGA